UGUGUUAGAAAGAGACAGACGAAUUUAGCACUGGGAGAGAAAGGAUUGAACAACUAGUUCAGCUCUAGCUGCUGCUGUUGGGCUUUUACCAGCACUAAACUGUGACCAUCUGCUGCAAGCAGAUAGAAGAUCAGAAAGCAAAACACAACUGGAAGUGACUAAUAGUGAGGGGACAGGAAUAUUACAGCACAAAUCUGGGAUUAGUCUACCUGCAUUCAAAUCAGUGUAAGACAAUGGAAUCUAAACACCUCUGAAAAUCACCUAAUCCUGGCAUCUGUUGUCUUACAUCCAGGUGAAUUUCCAUCUACCAAGCCAAAUAAAAAGUAAAUGCCAGUGUAUCAUUCCAGUUUUGGAUUAUUCUGUGUGACGAGACCCCCAAAGUAGAACCGUAUGGUAUCUUUUUCACACCACUGUUGUGAUGGACAUAUGUAAAACUGACUGCAGAAAUGUGACUGAACCAAUUUGUGCAGCAAAAUUGGAAAACUUGGGCAGGCUGUAAUUAUAAACAUCAAACGAUAAUACAAUGAAAACUCCGUCUGCCAUUGCUUUGCUGCUUCUGUCUGUAAUCAACUGUGGUUCAUCACAAAACUCCAGCACACCUAAUGGCUGUGGGCUAGAUGUUCUGCCCCAGUACGUGAAUCUCUGCAACCUGGAUGCCAUAUGGGGAAUUGUCGUGGAAGCAGUCGCAGGAGCUGGUGUGUUGACUGCUUCAUUGUUGAUGCUCAUUGUUCUUGUGAGGCUGCCAUUUAUUAAAGACAAAGAAAAAAAGAGCCCUUUGGGAAUUCUUUUCUUCUUUCUAACUGGGACUGUAGGACUUUUUGGGUUGAGUUUUGCUUUCAUAAUAAAAGAAGAUGAACAAGUAUGUCCAACCAGAAGAUUUUUAUGGGGAGUUCUCUUUGCUUUAUGCUUUUCUUGCUUAUUGGCACAAGGCUGGCGUCUAAAGAGACUGGUGCGACAUGGCAAGGGACCUUCUGGAUGGCAUUUGGUUGGAACAGCAGUAUGCCUCAUGCUGGUAGAAGCUAUUAUUGCAACAGAAUGGUUAAUAUUAACUGUUGUUAGAGAGAAAAAGUCAUCCUGCAGUUAUGAACCAAUGGAUUUUGUUAUGGCACUAAUCUAUGUCAUGUUUCUGAUGGUGGUUGCCAUGGUUCUGUCAUUGUUUACUCUAUGUGGAAAGUUUAAGAAGUGGAAGAAAAAUGGGAUUUGCCUCAUUGUGACAUUGUUUCUUUCCAUUUUAAUUUGGGUAGCUUGGAUGGCCAUGUACCUGUACGGAAAUCAAGCGCUAGGAAAAGCAAAAUUAUGGCAAGAACCUACCCUGGCAGUUGCUCUGCUUUCUAAUGGAUGGGUUUUCCUUAUUUUCCAUGCUAUCCCCGAAGUGCACUGUGCGAUCCUUGCAUCUCCACAGGAAAAUACCACUAAUUACUUUGAUACAACACAGCCAAGAAUGCGUGAAACUCACUUUGAGGAGGAUAUUCAGCUCCCAAGGAGCUACAUGGAAAAUAAAGCUUUUGCUAUGGAUGAACAUAAUGCAGCUUUUAGAACCGCUGGAUUCCGGAAUGGAAGCAUGAGCACGAGACCAUCGGCCCCCUUUCGAAGCAACGUUUAUCAACCCACUGAGAUGGCCGUUGUGCUAAAUGGAGGAACUAUUCCUUCUGCACCUCCAACGUACACUGGAAGACAUGUCUGGUAAAAGGCCAUCAUUUCCAUAGAAUGCAGACAUCUGAAAAUUAAUUGUUCAUUUCUUAGUCUACCAAAUUCCCAAGAGAAUCCUCACGAACAAUGACAGAUCCAGAAGAGGAGGGGUCAGACAGAAGCUGUGGAAAUCCCUCAAAGUGGGAAUCGUACUGCUGUAAACACAGUUCUAUUGAAUUACCUUUUCUUAUGGUGCAGAAUCUGAAAAUUAAAGCAGAUAUUAUCAAACUCUGGAUUAAUCCAGUUUUAAAUUAUAUGGCACACUGCACCAACAGCUUCAUAUCUAGCUACAGCUGUGGAUGUUCUGUACUCUUUGCACAAGUCAGUCCUUCACUUUGGGAGCAAAUCAGUCUUGCAAAAGCUCUGCAUAAAAAUCAAGCAAUUUUACUGCUACAGAUUAUAAUAUGUCUGAAAUUGGUGCAAAGCAGUCUUGGAAAAACUUUGUAUAAAAGUCAAAUAAUUAUUGCUACAGAUUUUAACAUGUGUGAAAUUUGUUGCUAUCAGCCCAGAACAGGCAACAAAGAUAAUGCCAUUAAUGGAAUCAGUUUUCUUUGAAAUAUUUUUCUAGACUUAAUUUUGGUAGAGAGAAAAGUGAAAAUAAUUACUAAGUGGUAUUCAUCACAGCCUUGCCUGUCUAGCUAUUACUUCUAAGCUAUGGUAACAGUUAUUGUAAAGCAUACACCAUAAUCAUUAGUAACGCCAGAAGAAUUAUAUUUUGAUUUUCUUAAAUUGCUAUGGUUGUUAAUGUACUCCCAAGAAGAUGAACACAUCUGUGCUUUGAAGAAUUAAACUUGAGUGCACUCCGUGAAAAAACAGAAACGUCCCUUGGAAUUUCGCUAGUGUCAAGGUUACACUUUUGUGCGGUUUCAUGCAGUUUCUUACCUGCUGUUCACUAAUACAAAUCCUUGACCACCAUACAGAUGAUGUCAGUAAAAAGAUUUGCAUAUGAAGCUUA